UGUCUAAAUUUUUAAAAACUAAUCUAUCUGUCUCUGUUUUUUUGACGCACGUCAAUUUGAAAGGUUAUGUUCAAAAUCUAAAUUUGUUUAUUUUAAUUUAAUAAAAACCAUGUUUGUGACACGACUUUUAAGCAAAACGCGGCCGCAAAAUCAGUGUCUCUAUUUAUUACAAAACUGUGUCCAGCGGAGACUGAAAUCUGGCAAAAGUACAAAAACCCAACCCCCAGACACAUCCCAAAGUACAACAAAGACACCUCUUGGCGAAAUGAGCUCAAAAUACCAGAUUUUUCGAGAUGAAGACUCCGAAGUCAUACUCGAUAUUUACGAGGACCGGAGUAAAUACGCAAAUCCGGUGAAUGCGAUUGAAGAGGAGGAACCUGACCCUUUUGUGGGCCUUAAUUUAGAGAGAGGUGUCAAUGGUGUUUAUAAUAUUGAAGACUUGAUCGAAGUGCUUCACUCUGAAAAUGCUGAAGACAUUUUUGUGGCUGCGGUGCCUAAAGAAAUUCAGUAUGUUGAGUACAUUUGCGUUGUUACUGGAAAGUCACACAAACAUAUGAAGGCAAUUGCUCAGUUUGUUAGGAUGAUUUAUAAGAAAAAAAUGCACAAAACUGAUCUUAUCCCUAAGCUUGAAGGCGAAAAUUCAAAGGAUUGGUUAGCUUUAGAUUUAGGAAAUAUAGCCCUUCACAUAUUUUCGCGCGAAGCUAGGACUGUAUAUGAUUUAGAUUCCUUAUGGGCCCUGGGAGCGAAAUAUGACCCGGAAUGUAAUAAACAAGAUCCUGUAGCGGAAAUGUUGGAAAAACAUUCGGUUUACUUGGAAGACUUACAUCCUGCCAGAUAAUACACUAAUCUGUUAAGUUAUAGUAAAAUAGUGUAAAAUACAAUAUAUGAAAAUUGA